AUGUCCAACCAUACCUACGGCCCGUCGAGCGGUGUCAUCUUACCUCCUAAUCCACACCUUACUCCAGCUGGUCCAUCCGUGCGCAGGGGUCAAAGACAUCAUUUCUUGGCUGAACUAUCGCAAUGUCUCUUUGACUUCGUCGUACAGCUUCUGCCAACCCCCGAGGAGCUAGCCAUCAAGGAAGAUGUGCGCAAGCUCCUUGAGCGCCUGAUCCGGAACGUCGAGCCAGACAGUAGAUUGCUGUCGUUUGGGAGCACGGCGAAUGGUUUUGCGCUGAGGAAUUCGGACAUGGAUUUAUGCUGCCUUAUUGACUCGGACCGCCUGCCUCCCACCGCAUCCGAGAUGGUUGUUAUGGUGGCCGACCUUUUAGAGCGAGAAACGAAGUUUCAAGUAAAGCCGCUACCCAAGGCUCGAAUACCCAUCAUCAAGCUCACUCUUGCUCCUACGCAAGGUCUGCCGUACGGUAUCGCUUGUGAUAUCGGCUUUGAAAACAGGCUUGCGCUGGAGAAUACACGAUUGUUGUUGAGCUAUGCCACUCUUGAUCCGACCCGAGUUCGAACUAUGGUCCUUUUCCUUAAAUUAUGGAGUAAGCGAAGAAAAAUCAACUCGCCAUAUCUUGGAACUUUGAGCUCCUACGGGUAUGCGCUCAUGGUUAUCUUUUUCCUUGUACAUGUCAAGCAUCCACCUGUAUUACCAAAUUUGCAAGUCAUACCGCCCUUGCGUCCUAUCACCAAAGAGGAUAUGCACAUUGGCGAACAUAAUAUCUGGUUCUUUGACGAUACCGAAUUGCUGAAGCAAACCUGGCAAUCUGCCAACACGGAUGGUGUUGGAGAGUUGCUGGUCGACUUCUUCAAAUACUUUUCCCAUGAUUUCCCUUAUAACACACAUGUAAUCUCUAUUCGCGGUGGUCUACUUGAGAAGACCUACAAGGGGUGGUACGAGCCUGAUCCCAGAGCACAUGAUUUAUCCCGUGAUCGGAAUAGGCUGUGCAUAGAGGACCCAUUCGAAAUUUCCUACAACGUUGGGAGGACGGUCACGAAGGACGGUUUGUAUACGAUCCGCGGCGAAUUUAUGCGAGCAUCUCGUAUCUUUGCCUCUCGGCCAGAUCGAGCAUUUUUGGCGCUCACUCAGUUAUGCGAAGAGCGUGAUGAGGAGCUUGUGCGAGCGCCGAGUCCCCAGCCCUAUCACGGCCCUCCUCGCUCUUUUCCUGCGCAGUCACCAUAUAUAGUCGGCACACACUUCUGGAGACCAGUCACACAGGACCGAUUGUCUCCACCGCGCCCAUCAAACAAGUCUAUAGAAGCGGAACAGCAGGAGGUUCAGAAUGAGGCCAAUGUUCCCGAUCACAUGGCACCUAGACGACAACGAUGGACAUCUCCUCCUCCACCCGAUGCACCAGCAUUUGAACAGAAUAUGUAUCGAAAACAUCUUGGCAUCGGUAUCUCAAUCGGGACAACAUCCAUGUCUCCUGUUUCCGCCUCAGAAAAUGAUAUGCCCACGAACGACGAUAUCCUAGAGGAGGAAGAACCCCAGUCUGAUUUGGCCUCGUCUCCCACGCCUGGUGACGCAUUUCAUGAACCAAAUAGCCGCUGGAAACGCCAAUCCGCGUCUUUUGGAUCCACAGCAGCGCUGGAAACAAGCGUCGAUGUGACGCUCCGCACAACACGAUCUACUCGGACAAGCCCUAUGGUUGGACCGUCACCAGAACCUUCCGCCUACAGCCAUACUGCGAAGCAGAAUUACCGCGGACGCCCUGCGGGCCGCGGCGGAAACGAGGUGGUCUCCUCGAAUCCACCGUCUUCUUAUAUACGUCAAGCAGAGUGCGGUUUCACGAACAACACCGACCCCGACAGCAUUCGGCGAUCUUUUUCCGGCCCUCCCGCCGUCCGAACGCCCAUCGUGCCUUUGAACGGUGCUCCUUCGGGACCUGCUCCCACUAAUGCAACAUUCACUCGGGUGUCCAUCCCGACUGAACAGAACAACGGGAAGGACGAAGAACCAUCUCCAACCAGCCUAUCCAGUGAAACGACCUCCACACUCAGUCGCAGGCUCUCUGGGCAGCCACUCGCCCAGUGGCGGCCCCAGGCAUUCCCUUUAUAUCAGAACCAGUCGCCCACGUCAUCUCCGGGGCAUGAGAAUGUUUCUUCCCACGCGAGUGACCUUGGGAGAGGGAUAGAGAAGUUGAACAUAAACACAGAGAAGGAAGGGAAAGAGAAUCACACCCCGCCAGAGACCUUGAACGGAAGUGGUGAGGCAAUGUGAUACUGUAGUGGGUGUACCCCGUAGGUGGGUGGAAGAUGGGAACUAUCGGUCUGUCCGUCCCUGCCGUUCAACCGGUUUGCGAAACCUUUUCCCGGUGAAAUUGCUUUGUCUUUCGGCCGACGUAGGACAACUGUCGGUCGGUUUCGUCUCUCGGUUGCUGUUUCACUGCGCUGUUCAUGCUUGACAGCAAGCGUUUCUUGC